AUGGCUCCAGAGAAGAAGGCCACCAAGCGCAAAGCGCCCGCGACGGCCACUGCUGCUCCUGCAGUGAGCGAACACCCGCCGUCAAAAAAGUCCAAGAAGACACAGGAAAAGCCUGUAAAUACGGAAACCAUUAAAGUGAAGGCCUCCAGCUCCAAGUCUAAAAAAGAAAAUUCCACGGUCAAUGGAGCCAAAUCAGAGAAAUUACCUGUUAAGGUCGACAAGAAGCCAGCGAAGGAAUUGAAGCCCCGCAAACGCGCCGCGGAUUUCUUGAGCGAUGAUGAAGAAGAGGCUGAGAAGGAGGUAGUCUCUAAGCCUAAGGCUGAAAAGAAGGAAACGCAGCCAAAGAAGAAAGCCAAAUCCGAGAAGCCUGCUGCCAGUGCUGAGCUCAAGGAGAAAAGCUCUGCUACCGCGGAAAAGAAAAAGAAGACCAAAUCCAAAACCAAGGAGGUUGAGAAGGAGCCUGAAGAAGUUUCCGAGCCUGUAGAUGAAGAGCAGGUUUCUCCCAUUUCUGAUGCGGACUCGGACGACGAGGUUGAAGAUGACCAAACUCUUGCAUUGAUCCGUGGAUUCGAGAGCAGCGGAGACGAGGAUGCGUCAGAAGACGAAGGCUUUGAGCCAGGCCAAGAGGUUCCAAAGAUCCCUGACUCUAAAAAGGCCAUGAAGGCAAUUCGAAAGAAGAAGAAAGAGAACUCUGAACCGGAGGAACCUGGCACCGUAUACGUUGGGCGAAUCCCACAUGGUUUCUACGAAGAUGAGAUGCGCGCCUAUUUCUCACAGUUCGGAGAGAUCUCACGCCUACGCCUCUCGCGCAAUCGUACGACCGGUAAAUCGAAACAUUAUGCCUUCAUCGAAUUCACAUCCACCUCAGUUGCCAAAGUUGUUGCUGCCACGAUGCAAAAUUACCUCAUGUUCGGCCACAUCUUGAAAUGCAAGUACAUACCCAACGACAAAGUUCAUCCGGCAAUGUGGAAGGGAGCCAAUCGCCGCUUCAAGAAGACACCAUGGAACCAGAUUGAAAAGCGACGACUUGAUGCCGGAAAGUCACGCGACGGCUGGUCAAAGGCCAUUUCCAAGGAGAGCUCUAAACGAGCUAAGAAGGCUGAGAAGAUGAAAGCUUUGGGCUACGAGUAUGAGAUUCCGACUUUGAAAUCUGUGGAGGAGGUUCCGGUCGCCCCUACUGUUCAAGAUCAGAUCGAAGAAGGCACUACUGCUCCCAUUGCUGCGAUUGAGGACAAGAAGGACGAGACUCUCAAGAAGAAAGAGUCAAAGAGCAAAGCUGAGGCUAAAGAUAAAACCGUGACAAAUGGAAAGGCGAGCAAGGAGAAAAAGACCGAAGCUGAGCCUGCCGAAACAGGAAAGAAGUCUGCUGAGAAAAAGGAGGCGAAGAAGCCUAAGAAGAAGGUCGUGAACGACACUCCCGCUACCUCUGAGAAGCCCACCAAAGUCGAAAAACAGCCAAAGAGUGCCCCCAAGGCUAAGAAAGUGGAGGAAAAGCCCAAGAAGGUGAAGAAGGCCAAGGCGUAA